AUGUCUUCCCCGUCGUCCACUUCGGCCAAACGCAAACGCAGCGCCUCCCAACACCUCCCAGCUAGCGUCGCCAAAACAUCCACCGCCGAUCUCUUGCAGCCCUCCUCGCGCGACGCGUCCGGCGAGGAAGGAGACGACUCCACCGAUCCCUUCACCCCCGCGGUCAGCAAACACAAGAAACACAGUGCAGUCGACGUGACUUCUGCCGGUGGGCACGUCCCGCCCUCGAAACGGGCGCGCAAGUCGUCCACCGGCGAGGACCACGCCCCGGCUCUCAACGGCGCCGCCAGUGCAUCAGACAACAUCAACAAGGAGGAUCCUGGCGAGCCGUCCGAGACCACUGUCGCGAGCAGUGAUAUCGAGAAUGAGGCCAAGGGUCGGCCCGGGUUGCAGAUCAAGACGGGCGGCGUCGGUGCGCCCUCGCGCCAGGAGCUGAUGAAGCCGCCCGAGAAGGCUGGCUUGCAGGAUCCCGUUGGGUAUCGGACCAACGCGCCUCCCACCGGACGGCCGGUCCGGGUGUAUGCGGAUGGUGUCUUUGAUUUGUUCCACGUUGGUCACAUGCGACAGCUCGAACAGGCCAAAAAGGCGUUCCCUGAAGUGUACCUCAUCGUUGGCGUGACCGGAGACGACGAAACUCACAAGCGCAAGGGUCUCACAGUGUUGAGUGGCCGGGAACGUGCAGAGAGUGUCCGUCAUUGCAAAUGGGUGGACGAGGUGAUCCCCGACUGUCCCUGGAUCGUGACCCCGGAGUUCAUCGACCAGCACAAGAUCGAUUACGUCGCCCACGACGAUUUACCCUACGGGGCCGACGAAGGGGAUGAUAUCUAUGCACCGAUCAAGGCCCAAGGCAAGUUCCUGGUGACGCAGAGAACAGAAGGCGUCAGCACAACGGGCAUCAUUACCAGGAUCGUCCGUGACUACGACCAGUACAUCUCUCGCCAGUUCCAGCGAGGUGCUUCGAGACAGGAAUUGAACGUGUCGUGGAUCAAGAAAAACGAAUUGGAGAUCAAGCGACACGUGACAGAGCUCCGGGACAACAUCCGCAAUAAUUGGACUGCUACGGGUCAGGAAUUGGGUCGAGAGUUGCGACAAUUCUGGCAGAACAGCCGGCCUGGCAGCCCAGCCCCGAGCGCGAGGAAUAGCAUGGACUUUGGCAGUGGGCGUGGUGGCAGCGGUUUGACCAGUCCUACUGGGGGACCGAAAUCACAUGUGUCACGGCUCGAAGCAUUGGGCCGUCCAGACAGUCCGGUGGUCCCUAAUGGACGAAGCGAGGAUUUUGCGACGGGCUACAGUCUCGGGUUGAUUGGUGGUGUGAGAGCAUGGAUGAUGCGUAGCCGACGUUCGCUCAUGGAGAGUCGGCCUCAGUCGCCUACCACUAGCGAAGACGAGCAGGAGCCCGAGUUGGAACCCACCAACGGCCAUAUGAGUCCAGGAAAAACAGAAUCUUUGCGUGCAAGAGCAUAA